AUGGUCAAGUCCAACAUUUCUGUUUGUCAAUGUGUGGGACCUGUAGAGAAGUAUCAUCAACGUGUGGGACCUGUAGAGAAGUAUCAUCAACGUGUGGGACCUGUAGAGAAGUAUCGUCAACGUGUGGGACCUGUAGAGAAGUAUCGUCAACGUGUGGGACCUGUAGAGAAGUAUCGUCAACGUGUGGGACCUGUAGAGAAGUAUCGUCAACGUGUUGGACCUGUAGAGAAGUAUCGUCAACGUGUGGGACCUGUAGAGAAGUAUCGUCAAUGUGUAGGACCUGUAGAGAAGUAUCGUCAAUGUGUGGGACCUGUAGAGAAGUAUCGUCAAUGUGUAGGACCUGUAGAGAAGUAUCAUCAACGUAUUGGACCUGUAGAGAAGUAUCGUCAAUGUGUAGGACCUGUAGAGAAGUAUCGUCAAUGUGUGGGACCUGUAGAGAAGUAUCGUCAAUGUAUGGGACCUGUAGAAAAAGUAUCGUCAAUGUGUGGACCUGUAGAGAAGUAUCGUCAAUGUGUGGGACCUGUAGAGAAGUAUCGUCAAUGUGUGGGACCUGUAGAGAAGUAUCUUUCUACCAAAUCUCAUAUAAAUUGGUCAAAACAAGACUAA